GUUGUUGUUGUUUUUCUUAUUAAACAACUAAUUGACAUUGCUUUUUUUUCUUUUUUUUUCCCUUUUUUUCUUUCUCGCUUAUCGGAUAAAAUGACCAUGUCACGUCGAGAUGAGAUAGUAGCUCGUUUAAAACAUUUUAAUGGUGGUGAACAGUAUGAUGUCAUUGACAUUGUAGGUGAAGGUGCUUAUGGUGUUGUUUGCUCUGCUGUUCAUAAACCAACAGGUCAAAUGGUUGCUAUAAAGCGUAUUUUACCUUUUGAUCAUGCCAUGUUUUGUCUUCGAACUCUUCGUGAAAUUAAACUGUUAAAGUAUUUUAAUCAUGAAAACAUAAUCUCAAUUCUUGAUAUCAUGAAGCCAAAGUCAAUUGAAGAUUUUACUGAAGUGUAUCUUAUCCAAGAAUUAAUGGAGACAGAUAUGCAUCGUGUUAUUCGUACUCAAGAGCUCUCAGAUGAUCAUUGUCAAUAUUUUACUUAUCAAACGCUGCGUGCUCUAAAGGCUAUGCAUUCUGCUAAUGUUCUUCAUCGUGAUUUAAAGCCCUCCAAUUUAUUGCUCAAUGCUAACUGUGAUUUAAAGAUUUGUGAUUUAGGUUUAGCAAGAUCGUCUAAUUCAGCCGAUGAGAACAGUGGAUUUAUGACAGAAUAUGUAGCAACACGUUGGUAUCGAGCACCGGAAAUUAUGUUGACGUUUAAGGAAUAUACCAAGGCAAUUGAUGUUUGGUCAGUGGGAUGUAUUUUGGCUGAAAUGUUGAGUGGGAAACCAUUAUUUCCGGGUCGAGACUACCAUCAUCAAUUAACCUUGAUCCUUGAUGUUCUUGGCACACCUACAAUGGAUGAUUUUUAUGGAAUUAAAAGCCGUAGAGCUCGUGAUUAUAUUCGUAGUCUACCUUUUAAAAAGAGGAUUCCGUUUGCAAAGCUAUUUCCAAAUGCAAAUCCACUUGCCGUGGAUUUACUUGAGAAAUUAUUAACAUUUAAUCCAGUAAAACGUAUUACAGUUGAAGAAGCAUUGAAACAUCCUUAUCUUGAACCUUAUCAUGAUCCUGAUGAUGAGCCUGAUGCUCCACCAAUUCCUGAAAGCUUUUUUGAUUUUGAUAGAUACAAAGAUCAACUUACAAAAGAACAACUUAAGCAAAUGUUAUAUGAUGAAAUUGUUCAUUAGAGUUUUAAAAGAAAAGAAAAGAAAAAGACUUGAUGUCUACAUUAUACAUGCAUAAUUCAUGUACAAUGUAUUCAUGACACAAAUAUAUACAACUCGAC